UAUAGGGAUAUCGUUCGGUUGGGAUUGAUUCGACUCCUGUCUUAUCACCGGGUGGUUUGCACACGGACUCUGGAGUGUGCCGCAAGUUUGAAACGCGAUUUUGUAGUGAAGUUUUGAAAGUCUAGUUCUGAUAUUAAAUGUAGAACUUUGUAAUAUUCAGUUCGCAAUCGAUUGCAUGAGAAAGUAGAGCGACAGUCGACUCCAGACAGAAAUGUGCGAUGUUCUUAAUUAUUUAAUUAGAUCACUGUCGUGUCGCCGGACAUCUGUAUAAUCGAGCUGAACGGAUAGUGAACCGAGCCCCAACCAAACAGUGCCAUCCAACUUACAUUUUAACAAUAAGACCAUUCAAGAAAGUGGCUUUGAACCGAGCCUGCAAUCGAAAAAAUCGGAAUUUUCAAUUUUCGGCGAAAGCGAAAGAAAAAUCGGAAAGGCGGAAAAAUCAAUACUCUUUCUCGCAUACAAUCUAACCCAGUAGUGUGCUACGGCGGCCCGUGACGAGUUUUCGUGAGAGAGGGCCCACUUGUCGUCACUAUAGAAGGGUGUCGUGCCGCCGAGAGGGUGAGGAUACCAACAGCAGCGCACCAUGACGAAUCACGGGAAGAGGUCGGUCAAGAUAGAUCCGAAAGCGGGAAAGAAGAUCGUUAGUGCCAUUCCCAAGCAGCGCCAGCAACUGCUCAAAUGGAAUGGAUGGGGCUACAGAGAUUCUCGCUUUGAAUAUGAAUAUGAAAGUGACAUCCUCCUCUUCACCGGCAAUCGUUACCCCAUCAGCGGUUCCAUCUCUCUGCCUUACUUCAAAGAGUACGUCGUGAAGAUACUGAAUGUUGACUUAAGUCGAAAAAACCUGAGUAUUCCGCUACCGACGACCUUCCCUGAGCCGGUUCCGUGCGAGGAGUUUUUGGAGAAACUUCGUCAGCACGGGAUUGAUUUCAACCAGAACGGUGAGGAUCGUUUGAUCCGAAGUCACGGUCAAGCUCUCCAUGAUAUCCAUGCUUUGCGAACGGGGCAAAUUAAGAGGAUCCCCGAUACGGUAGUGUUCCCCGUAAACCAUGAUCAGGUCGUCCAAGUGGUGCGGGCUGCCGCUGAACACAACGUCGUGGUGAUACCGUACGGAGGAGGAACUUCCGUUUCGGGAUCGGCGUCCUGUCCGGAGAAAGAGCAGAGAUCGAUCGCCCUGCUGGACACGACUCAGAUGAACCGGAUGCUUUGGAUCGACAGGGAAAAUCUGGUUGCGUGCUUCGAGGCGGGCAUCAUCGGACAGGAUCUGGAAAGGGAAAUGCGAGAACUGGGAUACACUGUAGGGCACGAACCGGAUAGUUUUGAGUUCUCCAGUUUGGGAGGCUGGGUGGCAACAAGGGCGUCGGGCAUGAAGAAAAAUACCUACGGAAAUAUCGAGGACAUCGUAACGAAAGUCAAAAUGGUGACGACGAAGGGUGUUUUGGAGAAAAGCGUAGCCGUGCCACGAUUAUCCUGCGGACCGGAUUUCAACCACAUUAUCCUGGGAUCGGAAGGCACUCUGGGAGUGGUGACGGAAGUAGUUCUGAAGAUUCGACCUCUACCAGAAAUGAAAAAAUAUGGUUCACUUGUGUUUCCGAAUUUCGAGUCAGGCAUUCGCUGUUUGCGAGAGGUUGCCAAACACCGACUGCAACCCACCAGUAUUAGACUGAUCGACAACGAGCAGUUUGCGUUCGGUCAGGCACUCAAACCCGCCGGCGGAAUUUUCUCCAGCCUAGCAAGUGCCCUUCAGAAGGCUUACAUUACUCGAGUGAAAGGCAUGGACAUGGAUCAAAUCGCAAUCGCCACUCUGGUAUUCGAAGGAACGGCUAAGGACGUCAAACUCCACGAGCAGAAAAUCAUUGCCAUAGCUGCCAAACACGGAGGAUUCUCCGCUGGCAGCGCCAACGGGGAAAAGGGCUACAUCUUGACCUUUGUGAUCGCAUACAUCAGGGACUUGGCACUAGAGUUCAGCGUAGUUGCAGAAUCGUUCGAAACCUCGGUCGCCUGGGAUCGGUGCGAAACGUUGUGCACCAAUGUGAAAAAUCGAAUAACGAAGGAGUGCACCAAAUUCAACAUCUCCCACUACUUCGCGUCCUGCCGGGUAACGCAGUCGUACGACGCUGGAGCGGCCGUGUACUUCUACUUCGGGUUCAACCAUUCCAACUUUUCCGACCCGGUUCACGUGUACGAGACCAUCGAGAGCCAUGCGCGCGACGAAAUCCUCGCCUCCGGUGGAUCGGUUUCGCACCAUCACGGCGUGGGGAAGAUCCGGGCCCGGUGGUACCCGCAAACGGUCUCGGAAGUGGGCGUCAAUCUGUACCGAGCCACCAAGAACGAACUGGACCCGAAGAAUAUUUUCGCCGUGGGAAAUUUUUUGCCGGAGCUGCAGACCGACCUGUACGGUGACACGGACUAUAGUCAAAAGUCGACGGAUAAUCUGAUUUCCAAGCUGUAGAAUUUGCAAUAGGUUAACUUAUUUUAAGUUUAUUUCAUUAGAAGAGGAGUUUAUAAGUUGCGUUUUGGUGUGAUUGAGGACAUUCCAGUUAUCGUACUAUCUAUGUGUAGCUAGUUUAUGUUACCCAGUGACUCAGUGUGCUCAAAACAAUAAAGUUAUUGUUUGCAGGAGGACAUAA